AUGGAUAUUCAAAAUCAAAGUGAGGAUCAUGUCCUUAGGGAAUAUUAUUUAAACAACAAACAGUUUUUGAAAAGAACUUGGCAGUUUGUUCUCUCAGUGUCUGUGUUUUCUGUUUUUGUUUGGUACUCUUCUGGCCUUUCCAUACAUCCUCAGUCCUUCAAUGCCUACUUCUCCACGUGCCUUUUCUACUCCAUGAUCACUCACACCCUUGAGAGGAAAUACAUGUUUCUCAUUUGUAAUGGAAUCCUUGCAUUUGUAGCCAAAACCUCACUCAGGACGUCGAACUCUUCAGAUUCUGCUGACAGCUUUGACCACCUUCAAAAUCUGUCAGAGACAAAGACAACAGCAGUUUCUGACAUGGUUGUUGUCCCUUUGGGAAGUUUUGAAUCCCCAGAGAAUGUUCCUCUUAUGGUUGAAGAACAACAAGGGGAGAACAAUGAAGAAGUUUCAGAAGCUGAUGAAGAUCAAGAAGAAUCUCACAUUACAGAAGAAGAGGAUAUCAAAGAGGAGGAUGAAGAAGGAGAAGCAGAAAGUGAGGCUGAGGUUGCACAAGAUUAUGAACUAGAAGAAACAACAACAACAAAUGAAGAGUUAGUAAAUACAGAAGAACUGAACAGAAAGUUUGAAGAGUUCAUAAGGAAAAUGAAGGAAGAGAUCAGAAUUGAAGCUCAAAGACAGCUUAUUGCAGUUUAG